GUUACUGAGAAAAUCUGAGGGAGAGUGAGACUGAGGUCAUACUGUUUAUUUAAGUUUUAGAUUUUAGAAGGGUUUAGUGGUUAUUAGUGGGUUUAUUUAAUUUUAAAUUUUAGAUGGGUUUAGUGGCCAUUAGUGAAUUUCAUAACGUAAUUCUAUAUUCUUAUUUUUCUCCUUAGUUUGAUUCGAAAACAAACAGAUGGAUAGGUUAUUUUCUUUCACUGGGGAGAUCUCUUGUUAUACUUCUGCAUCUCUUAUGCAAGUUGCUUUGGCAUCUAAAAUUAAUGCCUUGUUGUAAAAGUAUCUUUUUAUAUGCUUUGCUUUCAUUCAUAUAUUUUUUAUUGAUGGAUCACACACACACACACAUAUAUAUGCGCUGCAAGUUAGGAUUGUUUUGUGAAGAAAUCUACCAAAAAACUGUUUAUUGAUCUGUUUGUUUUUGAGAAAAUGGAGUAUCUUGACUUGCUUAAGAAGGGCCUCAUUGUUUUAUUUUCUAUUGCUUUAUUUUGAAAGCUCAUUCCAUAUAUAGAACCGUUUUAGGAUCUGUUUGUUUUCAUGGAGUAUCUUGAAUUGCUUCUGAAGGGUCUCGUUGUUUUGUUUCCUAUUGCUUUCUGUUGGAUGCUUAUUACAUACAAGUGGAGCUUCCGGAAGAUAGAGAAGGAGCCAACGAAAGUAUUGGUCACUGGUGCUGCAGGGCAAAUAGGUUAUGCCAUCCUUCCAAUGAUUGCAAGGGGAGUCAUGUUGGGUCCUGAUCAGCCUGUGACUCUGCACUUGUUUGAUAAUAUCAAGCAGGCAGAUGAAGCCUUGAAUGGGAUAAAAAUGGAAUUGAUUGAUGCUGCCUUUCCUCUUCUAAAAGGUGUGAUUGCUACCACGGACAUUGUUGAAGCUUGUAAAGAUGUUGAUAUUGCUGUUAUGCUUGGUGGAUUCCCACGGAAGGAAGGUAUGGAAAGGACGGAUAUGAUGUCUAAAAAUGUGUCUAUGUACAUGGCUCAAGCUUUGGCCUUGGGCAAGCAUGCUGCUGCAGAUUGCAAGGUGCUAGUUUUUGCCAAGCCAUCAAACACCAAUGCACUCAUCUUGAAAGAAUUUGCUCCUUCAAUCUCAGAGAAAAACAUUACAUGCCUAACACGACUUGAUCAUAACAGAGCAUUGAGCCAAAUAGCUAAGAGGCUAAAGGUUCAUGCUAGUGAUGUCAAGAACAUAAUCAUUUGGGGCAAUCACUCUUCAACUCAUUAUCCAGACGUCAAUCAUGCGACUUUCACCACUAAAGAUGGAGAGAGACUAGUCCGAGAACAUGUUGCAGACAAUCAUUGGUUAAAAACCGAGUUCAUCAAAACCGUACAGCAUCGUGGUUUAGCCAUUAUCAAAGCUCGGAAAGCAUCAAGUGCAUUGUCUGCUGCAAGUGCUGCCUGUGAUCAUAUACGUGAUUGGGUUUUUGGGACUCCCAAGGGAACGUGGGUUUCCAUGGGAGUUUGUUCUGAUGGUUCUUAUGGGAUCGAACCUGGCCUUAUUUACUCUUUUCCUGUUAAAUGUGAGAAUGGAAAAUGGUCAAUUGUGCAGGGGCUCAAGAUCGAUGAGUUCUCAAGGGCAAAGAUGGAUGCAACGGCAAAAGAACUCAUCGAGGAAGCAUCAUUCGCCAAGUCAUGCCUCAAUGAACAAUGAACCCAUCUUCCCUUGGAGAAUGAAGAAGACUUGAUAAAUAUAUGAAAAUAAAAAAGGAUUUCCAAUUUCUAUUCUAACUUUAUGUACAAAUUUUAUCCAUCACUUGUAAGCUUUGGAACAAUAACAGAACAAGAUGAGCCAUUCUGAUUUAUCUUUUUUUCAUGUGUUAA